AUGGUUGACCUCAGGCUUAGCGACCAAUGCGGUGAUAAGGAUUCAGCAACAGGCCAUAGGAAAAGACUAGAAAAGCUGAUGAGGAAAUAUGUGGACAAAGAAAUUGCACUAGUGAAUUCCAUGAGACAAAACAUUGGCUUCAUCCCAUGGGACAUAAAAGUCGGAGGGGAAUUUCCUAUCAAAAUCUACUCAGCUUUGGUGGAAGAGGUCCAGAAUGUCACAACUUAUCUUACCAUUAUCGCAUAUGCAUCCGAAUCAUUUCCUGCCGCGCAUGCCCAGUUACCCUGGCUUGCACAGUUUGCUUCUCGACGCGAUUCUAAUGAUCAUGAAUCACACAAAGUGACAACGCUUAUUGCGCUAAUCUCAGCAUCUCUCACAAACGGCCAAGCACUUCCGCCGUAUCUUCAAGCUCCUGCCGGCUUUCGCAUCACGGAUGAGUUUUUAGACCAUAGUGACGGAGUUCUUAGUCUUAAAAACUUGAAUGAACCUGGGUUUCGAAGUGUCGUUGUGAUCGAAGUGGCGCAGAGGUGUGUAGAAGGAAGCACGCAGAGGAUUGUGAACUUGGUGAGAGAAUUGGUUGGGGAUUUGGACUUCAGCUACUCCUUUACGACCCCCGUAGGUACAUCGAGCUUGGAGGGAAAUGGUGCAGGUGCCAAGCGGAGGUUGGAUUGA